AUGUCGCAGACACAACCGUCCACACAGCAGGUUCUCGACCCACGUCGAUUGGGGAGGAAUAACUCAGGGCUCAACGAUGGCGACAUCGCUGAUGUGCUCGUGAUACUGCAUCCUGCGACGCCUUCUGCGAUCAAAAUCGUUGAAAACACUGCCGAGUCCCGUCCUCAGCACGUGCUCUUCCGCAACUCUCUCGACCCUGAUUCGAUGAACGCAUCUCUUACCAACAUUGAGGAACAGGAGACAAUCAUCAUAAAUGGAAACGGAGAGAGGGUAGGCCAGAGCUCGAGGGCAGGUGCUGAUCUGGCUCUGCGUAUGUCUUCUGCGCGGACUCUGCGAUUCAAGGACCUAGGCUUCAUCUUUGGGCGAAACCCAAACAGUGCCGACAUCGUUUUUGGUCAGGAUUCCGGCAAGCGCAUCAGCAACCAGCAUUUUCGUAUCUAUCUCAACCUAGACGGCAUACUAAUGAUAGAAGAUCUGUCGACUAAUGGUACCAUUGUCGACGACCAGCUGCUGAAACACAAGGACAAGCGUUUCAGCAGAAUACGCAUGAUCGGCUCAGGAUCCAUCAUAUGCAUUCAGAGUUCCAACGAUGCUGAGAUGAUCAAGUUUGUCGUGCGCGUACCAUCGCGUGUGUCACACAUCGAUCGCUUCCGGGAGAACUUACGAGAAUUUAUUGCCGACUGCGCGAAAGGCGACGACAAGACCAAAGCUGUUCAGCGCAUUGGCAAGAAUUACGGCGGCCCAACGAUGAAGUGGGACGGUGGAACGAACUACAACAUUGUUGGUAUAAUUGGCAAAGGAGCCUUCGCGACUGUCCACCAGCUGGCCACAAAGAUGGAAGGCAAGCUGCUUGCAGCGAAGGAGUUAGAGAAGCGCCGCUUCAUGAAGAAUGGUCAGCUCGACAAGAAGAUCGACAACGAAAUGAGAAUCAUGCAGGGCCUGCGACAUCCCAACAUCGUCGAGUUUGUGGAGUAUCACGACCAAGGCGAUUACUUGUACAUCAUCAUGGAAUACGUGCGCCACGGCGACCUCCAGGCCUACCUCAAUCAAAAUGGCCCAAUGAGCGAGUCAUUGGUCCGAACUAUUGGCCAGCAGGUUUUGAGCGCCCUUACCUACCUCCAUCGCUCACAGAUCACGCAUCGCGACAUCAAACCGGACAACAUUCUCAUCGCUGACGUCGACCCACUUAAGGUCAAGCUGUCCGACUUUGGCCUCUCGAAAGUGGUUAAGCACGAAGAGACUUUCCUCAAGACGUUCUGCGGUACCUUGUUGUAUUGCGCUCCCGAGGUGUUCCCUGACUAUGGGGAGUCCAAAGGCACCAAGAGACGACGAGGAGCAAAACAGUACCACCAGUAUAGCUCGUCUGUGGACAUCUGGUCAUUCGGCGGCGUCCUGUGGUAUGCACUUUGUGGUGAGCCGCCUUUCAAGGGCAUCGCCGAUGCUACCGGCCAGGCGAUGUACGACAACAUUACCACCACUCCACUGAAGCCUACACCGCUUGAGCGAGUCGGAGUGUCUCCACUGUGUAUCGACCUUCUCAUGCAAAUGCUCCGAACAGACCCUUCUGAGAGACCUGACGCUCGCGCCUGUCUCAGCCACCCCUGGUUGAAGGAAGGCGCCGCCAUUCCACCUGACCCAGUACUUCAGUCAAUUGUCGAGGAAGAGGAAGAGGAAGCCGAACAACAACUGUCGCAAUUGAGCAUCGGCGGCGAGCUUGAAGAGGACGAGAUACCUGAGUCAGAUGACGAAGCAGACGUGGACGAUGAGCUGAUCGCGCUUGUUGGUGAAAGCAGACAAACGAAGCGCAUACGUGCGGACCCUCUGUACCCGCGGAAUCAGGUGCGCGACCACGAUGAAGAAUCCAGUGUGGAUGCUUCUUUCCAAUCUGAACACAUCAUCGACGAAGAAGAAAGCUUCAAGGUCAUGCCUACACCUCGACGGCCAAGGCUCUUUGGUGAGAUCGGUCAGUCUGCCUUGCAAAGGUCUGGCAUCCUACACAACCAUGCACAAGAAGCACUCUCGCAACCCAAAACUACCGACUCCGACUACCGCGAUAGCGCACCUAUCUUCAGUCAUACUGCAAGUGGAGUUGAGCGCGAGGUUCCAUUCAGUGCUCCUCCACAUCUUGAUGGAGGCUUCUCUUCACCUAGCCUCUUGGGCACUGAGUCGCUUGUGCGAGAGAUGAACAUGACUUCACCAGCAACGCCUGGAUCUGGAGUCUACAGUCCGAACGAGCCAGCCACACCUCGCACGCCGGACGUGCUUCAGCACAACUCACUUGAGCAGUCCUCCAAGUUUGCCAGCCAAAUCAGUGAGCCGACUCCAAAAGCACGACCGUCUGCGUCGAAUCGUCAAAUUAGCCUUCCGGUGACAGCCUCUUACUACUAUGACCCCCUUGAUCCCAAUACACACAAUCUAGAAUACGCGUCACGAGUGAGCGGCUUCGACUUCGUUGGAGCUCAGAAAGAGGCAACAGCUGGUGCCUCGGCCUACGAGGAUACAACGAGGGGAUCAAACACGAGCAGCAGCAUCGCAAGUGGAUCGCAGACAGGCGAAGCGCAAGUGCCAUCGCCAUCUGCAGAAGUGCCAUCUGUGCCAGCCGAGCUUGACAUCAGACCUCCACCGAGGCGGUUGGGCAAGCUGGUAGCUACUCCCGACUCAUUUGCGCCGAACCUUGUUCUCAACAUUGACAAAAGCAAGACAUCAUGGGGACGUCUCGCAAAUAACACGAUUGUAUACGACCAGAGUCGGGACACCCGCAUUCCCAAGACUGCCUUUAUUAUCUUCUGGUACUCCUCAGGUGGCGACAGUGCCGAGACAGUCCAGGAACUGUCUCAGAAGAACAAAGACUGGACAAGCCUUGAGAAGCUAAACGUGGGCAUCUGGACUUGCGCGACCCACGGUAUCUCGGUCAACGGCAAGCACCUCAAGCAAAAGGACGAGAAAGGCAGAGCGCUGUUUGGACAUCUACACACUGGCGACAUCGUCCAGGUGUACCAGGAUUCGCGUGGCACGGAAUGCCUCAAGUUCCGCUGCGAGUUCCAUUUGGGAUCUGGCAAGGACCCAAGGCCUGCCAACAAUAGCUUCCAAGUCCUCAAGCAUAUUGGAAGGCACCGUGCAGCAAGAACAUCCUUGCCUAAUCCCUCUUGUACUUUUACACGAUAUCCAUUUGAAUUACUAGCGGGCGGCCAUAUUAGGGCCAGAUUAGGGCGGCAUAGUGCAGCAUUCGCAGCCUCAGAAUUCAUGAUGAGGAACUUCUGGGCCUUACCGGCGGUCUUGCGCCUUGCGCUUGCUCAUCAGCAAGCCUUCAGCGUUUUUGACGAUCUGCUUGCGUUCCCACAGUACAAAGUUGCAUGGCCGGACACAUUUAUACUAGAAGACAGUGCGACUGCACUCCUCAACCAGCAAGCCUCCACGCCGCUCAGCAGCUCCAGCACAGGCACGCCAAACUCGCAGCACACACAGGAGCUCUCUAAGCACGAGCAACCUUUCGUAGAUGCACCAACCGCCGACAAUGCGCUACCGGUCACAUACGAAGCUGUGGUUCUGGAGGGCCAACGAUACCUAUGCAGCAUACCUAUAAUACCGGACGAUGUGCCACAGAACAAUACUACAAGUGCGGAGGAGGCAAAGGCCGAGGAGGAGAAGGAGCUGGUGCGCGCAACAGACCGAGGGUGGGAGCUGCUGGAGGGCAUGCGCGGGAGCUGCAUCUACUACCUGAGCGGGUGGUGGAGUUACAGCUUCUGCUACAAGGACGAGGUCAAGCAAUUUCAUCAGCUGCCUCCAAGCCGCGGUGUGCCUAUCUACCCACCUGUCGAGGAUACGAGUGUCCAUAGCUUCGUGCUUGGUCGCUUCUCCAAGGAAGACAGGCGCAAGAAGGAAGACACGCCCAAAACACUGGGCAACGAGCAGGGUAGCAAGGAUGCCUUUGACGACGAGGGCAAUGCGCCAGACGAAGAGGAGAAGGCGCUGGAGAUUCCACGCCUAGAGUCGAAGGGCUCCAGCCGGUACAUGGUGCAGCGCCUGUCAGAUGGGACCGAGUGCGACCUGACUGGCAAGCCGCGCAAGAUCGAUGUGCAGUUCCACUGCAACCCUCAGUCCGCCGACAGAAUCGCCAUGAUCAAGGAGACGAGCACCUGCUCCUAUCUCAUGGUCAUAGACACGCCCCGUCUCUGCCACGACGUCGCCUUCCUGCCUCCGCAGAAGAAUCUUGCGCACCCCAUCACUUGCCAGGCUGUCAUCCCUGCAGCAGACGUCGACGAAUGGACCGCUGCCGCCCUCGAAGCCAAGAUUCGCGAGACAGAAGACCUCCUUGCUCUAGCCGAAUCCGAAGAUAAGGCGAACACAAAUCCUCUGCGAGACAUAACCGAUGGCCUCCAAGGCUCUACAAAGCGCGGGCCCAUCAUCGACGGCAUCGAAGUCGGCGCACAAGCCCUCGUUGGUAGCGAAGGCAAGGUCAUUGAGAAAACAGUCGUCGUUGGUGGCGGCAAAGAGACGUAUAUAGGCACUGUAGCGAGCAGCGACGGUACUCAAAUGUCCAAGGAGGAGAUGAAGAGGCUGAAUAUCCCAGAUCCCAAGGAUGUUGAGAAGCUGAAGGGCAACCUGCGAAAGCUAGCUGGGAAGAAGGGUUGGAAGCUUGACCUUGUUGACACACCAAGGGGCAGGGAGUUUAGGGGAAUUAUUGAAGCUGAGGAUCAAGAUGAAGAGACGCCGAAGGGGAAGGAAGGUGCAAAGGAAAGCAAAGACAGCAAGGUAGCAAAGGAAUGGAAAGAGGAGAACGGCGCUGGAAAAGGGAUGGGGUCUGGAAAGCAAGAGCAAGCUGAUGUCGUGGAUAAGGAAGCUGAUGAAGUACACGAGGGGAGUGAGGAAGUGUACAAAGACGAGUUGUAG